GUGCAAAAGCUGAGUAUUAAACUGAAAUUGGUUCAGAAUACAACUAUCGUGUCCUAGUGUUAAUUUACUAUAUUGAAGACAUUUCCUGAACUGUAAACUGAACCACAGCAAUGUACGCGAGGCUUAAAAACUUUGUCGAAUUGUCUUGCGAAACUGUUAUUUUCGGACCUAAAAACGAGUGAAAGACGCCAUGGAAAAACAGAAAAUGGUUGAUAUAGGGGAGGCGGCCGGUGGCGGCUAGACUAGUGUGGUGUAAGUGACAUAGUGUUAGUGUUAGAGAGAGCAUGGUGGCUCGGGAUCUACACGACAUGCCGUCCUAUGCGCGGCUUCUGCAGGGAGAAGAGGAUGAUUUCUUCUCCCUGGACCAGAACCAACAUAUCCAUGGGAAUGUGUACUAUGACCUACAACCUGUCACGGAGACUUCUUGCUCUACACCCAUGUACCUUGGAGGAGGACAGACAAUAACUUCUAGUGGUGUGGGGAUGGAAAUCCCUCAAGUGGACAGCACGAGAGAGCAUCUGUCGAAGAAAAGAAAAGCGCCUUCCUAUCAUGAGGGCAGUGACUUUGGUGAUGAUACUGGCGAUGACUCGAAAUCGCUUCAUACGGGUGAUAAUAAAAAACAGAACCAUAGUGAGAUAGAGAAGAGACGGAGAGACAAGAUGAACACUUACAUAACAGAGUUGUCGUCCAUGGUGCCGAUGUGUCAUGCGAUGAGUCGUAAGCUGGACAAGCUUACGGUACUGAGAAUGGCAGUGCAACACCUCAAGACCAUCAGAGGAGCUGUACACUCCUACACCGAGGGACACUACAAACCCUCCUUCCUCUCCGAUCAGGAACUCAAACAGCUGAUUUUACAGGCUGCUGAGGGGUUUCUUUUUGUUGUUGGCUGUGAUAGAGGCAGGAUUCUGUAUGUUUCGGAAUCCGUCUCCCAGAUUUUAAAUUAUGCACAGGGUGACCUGCUUGGUCAGAGUUGGUUUGAUAUUCUUCAUCCGAAGGACGUUGCUAAGGUGAAAGAACAACUCUCUUCUUCCGACCUGAGUCCACGAGAGAGGCUAAUUGAUGCCAAAACGAUGUUGCCAGUAAAGACUGAUAUACCCCAAGGCCUUUCCAGAUUGUGUCCUGGAGCCAGACGUUCAUUCUUCUGUCGUAUGAAGUGUAAAGUGUCGUCCUCAAUCAAAGAAGAGGCUGACACGACAACAGGGUGCCAUAGGCGGAAAAAACAACAACUUUCGGAUCGGAGGUACAGCGUGAUCCAUUGCACUGGGUACCUCAAGUCUUGGGCUCCAGCGAAGAUCGGACUGGAUGACCAUGAGGGGGAGGGGGAGGGAGACGCUUGUAACCUUUCUUGUCUGGUCGCUGUCGGACGAGUGUUGCCAACUCAGGUGCCAGUAGAGCCACCACGAUCACACCAACAUCGACCCAACGUGCGGCCGAUACAGUUCAUCUCUCGGCAUGCACUCGACGGAAAGUUCCUCUUUGCAGACCAACAAGCAACUCUGGUCCUUGGAUUCCUACCUCAAGAACUUUUAGGAACCAGUAUGUACGAAUAUUACCACCAAGAAGACAUAACUCAUCUUGCUGAAUCGCACAAAACUGCUCUUCACAAUCAAGAGACUGUUAGAACUCAGAUUUAUAGGUUUAGAAGUAAAGAAGGCUCUUUUGUUCGUCUUCAAAGUGAGUGGAAGGCAUUUAGAAAUCCUUGGACCAAAGAUGUAGAAUACCUCAUAGCGAAAAAUAAACUUUGUUUAUCGGAUGUCAAGGUUGAGAGCAGUCAGUCAACACGUUCUGAAGGCCCAACUCAAUCUCAGAGCAAUUUUGAUUUCUUCUCUGGAACUCAAAGCAAUGGCAAUGGUCUGGGCAGCAGGGAGAUGUCUCGUAUGAUCAGCACACAUGUAGAGGCCAGCAAGAUCGGCAGACAGAUCGCUGAAGAAGUAUUGGAUCUGCAGAGGAAAGGAGGGGACUCAUCGUCUCCUAACAGCACACCUUCCCCUUCCCACAAAGAUCCUAUAGCAGAGCAGUCACAAGUAGUCAGUUCUGUGGUCCAUGAUCUCCCUAGUCAGAGUCUCAUGUCGUGUAACAACAGUCCAGGCAGUGAGGUGAAUGCAUACAGCAGCGCAGUACGUAACAAUGUCACACUUUCCAGCAUUGCUAACGACUCAGGUGACCCGGAUGAAGUUAUAGAUAUGAUAGACCAAACAGAGUCACCCAACACAGAUGUGCAGAGUUUAAACAACCAUGGCAAUGAUGAAGCUGCCAUGGCAGUGAUCAUGAGUUUGUUGGAAGCUGAUGCUGGUCUUGGAGGCCCAGUGGAUUUCACUGGUCUCCCAUGGCCUCUACCAUAGCCUUCAAUGGUCUCUAUCUCUCCUAUUGCCUCAGUUUCUUAACUUCUCUUGCCUUUAUCGCAGUCUCGUAUUGACUCCAUUUUAACUUCUUGUGGCCAUCAGCCAAGCCUCCUUAUGGUCUUUAAACAAGCCUCUCAUGGCCUCAAUUGUAGCCUUCCAUUACCACCUUCUUAAUUUCUCAUCGCCCUUAACCAAACCUUCAUGGCUUCUACCAUAGCUUCUUCUAUACAAAACCGCAGCGAGAUGAAAGUGGCAACCUUACUGAAACAGCCUUAUUUUUGUAAUGGAGUGUAUUUACAGAUUGUUAUUCCUGCUAUUACCACAGCAAUAAGCAUUCCUGUGCGAUGUUGCCGACCACACACCAACGCCACGACCUUUUAUCAGAGGAGGCUAUAAUUCUUCCAUUGUUUCCAAUGAUCUUACCUUAAUCUGUUGUGGCCUCUAGCCCAACUUCGCUUUAACAAUUAUACUCCAACCAAACCUCCCUAAUGCAUACCUCAACCUCACUCUGCCUCUCAUUGCUUAAACUUAACCAUUCUUUAGUAUGUAAAAAAGUCUCUCAAUUCUUAUCGAAUAGCUAGCUGUUCUUGGCAUCCACUCUAGCCUCUUUUGUGGUAUUGAAUACUAACAAAGACUUUCCAUUGAAAAUAUAAUUAGCAUAUCACAAGCAACACUAAUUCUCUUAUUACUUCCAUUGAGUUUUUAAGGUCAGGUUGGACACUAAACUUGUAACUGUUAGCAAGUGAUGGUUAUGCAAGAGCAAAUUUAAAAUUGUAUACAUUUUAAAUCUUGCAAAUAAAUCCCCUACUUUACAUCAUAUAAAAUAUUUUUUAAUUGCCCAUUAAAAGCCCCAGUGAAGUUAUUUUUUUAGUUUGUUGAUGCAAUUGGUUUUUUUAUUAUGAAGUAUCUAUAAAGAUCCUUAAAAAAGGAGCGGCAUGAUAUAAAAACUAAGUGAGCGAGUAAACGUAAAGUUAUCAUUUACAUUUUAAUGAAUUUGCUCAUUACCACUGGCUAGAUUUUUAAUUGCUGAUUUUUUAAGUUUAGAAACAUUUUUGCACUUAGACGCAUAAUGAGGAGAAUACAUUUCACUGCUGCUCUAGACUAAAACAUCUUACUCACUGGACAACAAUGGAUUCUAUUCCUUAGAUAGAUUCUUCUGGAUUAAGUAGAGAACUUUUGUGUUACCAUUUUUGUUAUGUUUGUGUUUUCUCUUGCUGUUUUAUUGAUAGUUUGUUAACUAUUGCUGUUAAAACAAAAAAUAAAAAUGUGUUAGAAUCUGUAAGAUAAAUCAACAUCAACAUCUUCAUUGUGUAUGAUGGGACAUGUGAGCUGUAUGUUAAUAAAAUUACCUACAACUAUUUAUUGUCACCUUUGUUAUAUUGUUGAUUUUGAACUAAUUUAUAAAAAUAUGUUUUUGUGAACGUAAUAAUUUUUACGUUGAGGAUUUGUUUUUGUAAUUUGUAUGCUUUUUACAUUAUUUUUCAAAAGUUUAUUUUGUUGAAUUUGGAGAAAUGUUUAUAUUUUUAAGUAAUAAUAAUUUUUGCUAGGAUAUUUUAUUGAAAUUACUAUUUAAAAAAUGAUCAACCCUUCUUCGGAAAAUAUUGUAAAAUGCUCAUGGCAUGGACCCCAGAUUGGACUAUUUUUGGGGGUGAAAAUGAAAUAGCACACUGUAGAAACACAUUUGAUAUGUAACACCAUAAUAAUACAACAGUAAUAUAACUAUUCAGUUCUUAAAUUAAGUAACUGUAAAGAUAAUAAUUUGAAGACCUUGUUAUUAUUAAUUAGUAAUUAUUGUUAAGAAAGGCAAAAUAUUAUUGUACUGGAAAUACACCUAUGUUAGUUUUCAGUUCAUCUGCAUCAAUUUAAUCCCAUCAAACUUUUAUGAUGCAUUUUAAACAGUGGGACGAUCAUGGUAAUAUAAUAAUGUAUAUAUACAAUAAAAGUUUUAACUACCAUCUUUGACUAUCAAUUCUACCAUGUAAAUAUUUUGUAAAUUUUGAAUGUAAAUUUAUCAAUAUGUGAUUUUGUGAAUACUAGUAGGUUUAAUUGAUAUGUAAAUAGUCCUGUACCUGUAAUUAGUGUCUAGGAAAAAAUGUGUUAGCUAGGAAAAUGUACAAUUAAUUUUGUAAAAAGUAAAAUGUGAAGAAGUACUA